AUGCGAUAUAUUGACUUUUUGCGAUAUAUUGACCCGGUAUGAAUUUUCCAGUCGAAAAGCUGGAAAAUUGAAGGGGAAAAGAGGGGAAAAAUCAGACGAUUGCAUAAAAAUACGGGUAAACAGCAGAGAAAAAUAUUCCAGUCAUGAACUGUGCCCAGAUUCUUGCAUCCAAUUGGGAUUAAUUCGAUUUCGAGAAUGGUUUCUUUGGCAACUGCAGAGGACUUGAACUGUGGAACUUGGGAGAAUCGGAGGUUUCUGGUUCUUGUGCGAUAUAUAUGGACGAUUACUGCUUUUCGCUUCGGUGAAUCUGGAGCUGUGGUGGAAGCAGAACCGAUCUGAACUUCUCAGCAAGCGUUUGAUUGAGUGUGGCAUUCUGUGAGAAAGGUUGCUUGAAGGAAGCAUUGGGUGUUCUUCAGGAAAUGAAGAAAUGAAGGGGCUUUGCAAGCUAGGGAAGGUGGAAGAGGCUGCUGCAUUGCUGACCGGAGAUGAAAGGGCUAUCCACUGGAGGCAAAUUGGAAGAUGCAGAAGCUUUUUUGGCCGAACUGGAAACCAGUGCUUGAAUAUCUAUUGUGUCAUGGUUAAUGUUUACUGCUCAACAAAAGGGUCAGAGAAGGCCUUUGCUCUUUUAAUUUAUCUGGCUGAAAAAGGGCACUUGCUGAAGAAACGUUCUUGCUCUAAGUGGCUUUGCAGUUUGGAACAUGAUAUCGAGAAGUGUAUUCAGCUGGUUAAGAAAGUGUUAGAGCCAAGGGCUAAUUAUCUGAAUAUUGUGUGCAGCAGAGUCAUAAACAUGCUUUUGCAUGCUGGAGAGAUGGGAAAGGCCCUGAAAUUAUUCAAGGAAGUGAAGGCAAACGGGAUUAACCCAGAUGUGUUGACAUUCAUACACAAUGAUGAUGCAUCUUUAUUGCAGGAUGGAUCGCUUGAAGGGGGCCGUCAAGCUUCUCCAUGAUAUGGAGGCCAAAGGGGUUGAACCAGAUGUCAUCACUUAUACAGUUUUGCUGAAGGGGGGAAUUGAAGGAAAUAAGGUGCAAGAAAAGUAGGAAUAAGGAAAUCAACAGCAGCAAUGCUGUAGUAGAACCUUUCUUGUAUGGUAAACCUAUGGUUAUGGAGCCUGAUCCUGUUACUUAUGCUGCUUUGAUAGGCGCAGGCUGCAAGGAAAAUGAUAUGAAGGGUGCUGUGGCAUUUUUCAAAGAGAUGAUUGAUAGAGGGCUACAACCCGAUUGGGGAGCUGACUUGGUCAGAUGCAGUACAAUAUGUCAAGAGUCCCAUUGUUGUAAAGAAGACAGAGAGUGAAUUAGUCCAAUCACAGCCUAAUACAAGACUUGAGUGGCAAGAAUAGUUGGGCUAAGCUAGCCUUCAACACUUCUUAUGGGCUGGAGUCCCACUUACUAUCUGAAUGAAAUGUAAUUAAGCUAAUUAAUCCUUACCUAUUCGUGUUUGUUGGUUGUAAUUGUAAUAGGUGGUGCAUUUGGUUUGGUGGCUCUUCGGACCAUGUUUCUGUCAUUCCGAUUGAUGUCGGGAUUCGAUUUUGUUAAUUGAUUGUAAAGUUAUUUAUGAUCUAUUUCUAUGUAUGAUGUUGUCGUCUUUGUAUCGAACGAUUUGUAUAUCUUUUCGAGUGAUCUAAUGAGAAGGAAAAAAUCAAGCUAAUUAAUCUAAGCUUAU